UCCCGGACGCUUCUGGGUGGUGCAGCAGCGCCGGCCUUUGCCGGCUAGGUCCCGCCCUCCCCUGACUACACGGACGCCUUCGGCGCCUUUCAUUGGCUGGCGAAAUUCAUCCGGGCGGCUCGCGGGCGCACAGGUGGUGAGGGAAGUGGUCGUCGCGUCGGACGUCGGUCGGCCGGCCGGGAAACACUCGGUAACUAUGGAAACGCGGCCUAGUGGGUGUCCCCGGGCCUUGGCUCCUGGAACCGGAGGGCGUUUUUGUUUCUCCAGACCCUGUUUUUUCGGCUAGGGAAGUCUCGAGCGGAGACCCUUCUUCGGUCCCCCCUGGAAGGCCAUUGUGACUUUGCUGGAAAUUAAUUGCAGUGGACUUGCUCUGAAGCACUUCCUCACAGCAAAUCCUUGGAAUUGUGGAAUUGGAUGAGGAUGCUUUUCUAAAGACCGUAAAAUCCACACAGGAUAAUAGUCGGUGUGUUUGGCAGAAUUCCAGCUCUUCCCUUCAAUCCCUUUCCGAGACUGGAGGGAAGGCAACUGAAGACCUCCUUUGGGAUGUGAACAAGACCCCCUUCUCCAAUUGCCCAGCAGGUUGUGGCCAUGCCUCCUGGGAAGACGGGGGAGAAAGAGGCUUUGGUCCUGCAGUGUGAAUGGGAAAUCUGCAGCUUUGUGGCCUCGAAGAUGGAAGAGUUUUGCGAACACGUCUCACAGCACCUGCAGCAGCAUCUCCAGGGCAAGGAGGAGGAUAAUGAGAUGGAUUCUCUUGAAUACGCUUGCCUCUGGCAAGAAUGCGGCUUCUGUUCUCCUGAGAGUCCUGCAGAGCUCGUCCGCCAUGUUUACUUCCACUGUUACCACACGAAACUGAAGCAGUGGGGACUGCAUGCCUUACAGAGCCAGUCUGACUUGACUCCCUGCCAGCUGGACUUUCAGAGCCGAAACAUCAUUCCUGAAAUUCAAGAGAACUUUCUCUGCCUUUGGGAAUAUUGUGAGCGAGCUUUUGAUAAUCCUGAAUGGUUCUAUAGGCACGUGGAAGAUCAUAGUUUCUGCGCAGAAUACAAGGCAAUAGGGAAGGAGAACCACAUGGUCUUCUGUGGGUGGAAAGAGUGUGACUGUACCUUCAAAGGGCGAUGUAAGCUGCGGGAACAUCUGCGCAGCCACACCCAGGAGAAGGUGGUGGCUUGUCCCACUUGUGGUGGCAUGUUCUCCAACAACACCAAGUUCUUUGAUCACAUCCGUCGACAGACGGCUUUAGAACAACAGCGAUUCCAAUGUUCUCACUGCUCUAAAAGGUUUGCCACAGAGAGAUUGUUGAGGGAUCAUAUGAGGAACCACGUCAACCACUACAAGUGCCCUCUUUGUGACAUGACUUGCCCUCUGCCCUCCUCACUACGCAACCACAUCCGCUUCAGGCACAGCGAGGAACGGCCUUACAAGUGCAACUAUUGUGACCAUAGCUGUAAGAAUCUGAUUGAUCUACGGAAGCACUUGGACACCCAUAGCAAAGAGCCAGCCUACCGCUGUGAAUUUGAAGCCUGCGACUUCAGUGCCCGAUCUCUCUGCUCCAUCAAACUGCACUACAAGAAGGUUCAUGAGGGCGAUUCAGAGCCCAGGUAUAAGUGCCACGUCUGCGACAAAUGUUUCACACGAGGGAACAACCUUACGGUCCACCUCAGGAAGAAACACCAGUUCAAAUGGCCUUCAGGUCAUCCUCGUUUCAGGUACAAAGAACAUGAGGAUGGGUACAUGCGCCUUCAGCUGGUGCGGUAUGAAAGCGUGGAACUGACUGAGCAGCUGCUGAAGGACCGGGAGAAGCAGGGAGAAUCGCUGGAUGACGCGGCCCAGUGCGUGGUGCUGGCAGGGUCGGAAGGCGGCUUACAGGGCAUCAUCUUGGACUCGCCGACGGAGGAGCCGGUGGAGACAGAUUUGACAGCUGCUCUGCCAACGGAGAACUCUGCUCCCCCGUGUGCCAGCGAGUCUCCGGACGGUGAUCCGAGUGCCCCUUCCAGCCCAAUCAUCCGGGUGGUGAACAGGACCAACGAGCACGGAGAGAGCGAAACGGUGUACUACGUGAUGGCUAAUGCCCCUUCCGAGAGCCGGGCAGUUGUGCCUAGUGGACUUGUUCCAGAGCCAGAAGAGAAUGUCAUGGACAGACUGCAGAAGACCGCCGAGGAACUGGGCAUCCAGAUUCUCUGAGGGACCCUUUCCUCUGCAGCACCCCGGGAUCUUCCCCCACCACCAGCCUGGUGGACCUUCCGAAUUUGCCAGUGCUUUGCUCGGGCUCUUUGCCAAAAUGGGCUUUCUUGAAUAGAGGUGAGAGCAGGACGAAAGGCUUCACACAGAUAAAUACACAAACACACGUGCCCUCCCCCCAAAGCCCUUUGUUGGCUCCCUUCAACCUGGGAUCUGGUUGUAUGCCUCUUGGUGUAAGGGGUAAUCUGGUAAGGGAAGCCAGCUUUAAGGCAGUUCCUGUGGAAAGGGACUGACUUAAGAUGGAAACGGUGGCUGGGUCAGACCUGUGCUUCAGCGCCUCCUGACCUCACGACGUCUACCUGGCCUUAUUUGAAAAGCUGGUCAUUCCAAGAAGCUAACUUUCAUACCUUGGAAGUCUCGUUCUUGGAUCUCACUCCUGGUCAGCCCGACUCCUAACCUAUCAGUCUCUGUCUCUGCAGUUGGUUUGCCAUCCCCACAUUCUUUGUAGCAGCAGAGUCCCACUCGCAAGCCCGCCCUCCUCAGUCUUCCUCCGGAGUAGGGUCCAGCACCAGGGCAUCCCUGGGUGACUCGGGGCCCUUCUCUUGUCGCUGCCCCCCUAUUCCCAGGGGGUUGAUCAGCCCUUUGUUCUUAUCAUUUGCUCCAUAAUCCACUGCUGCUUGCCUUCUUGGCAAAAAUCCUUCUUUUUUUUUUGGUCUUCGGAGCAGGGAAUUCAUGAAAUCCUGGUUUUCUUCCCACAGUCGUCACAGAACAAGAGGCUGUGUUGCAAUCCCUCCCACAUCAUGAGGAAGGAGAGAGGAAAAAAGGGAGAUAAUUCUUGCCCGGGGGGGAGGUGUCUCCCAUGUUGGAGUUCCAGCUCCUGGCAUCUAAGGUUUAUGUAACAUUGGCGUUCAGAAAUAAAGCCACAACAACAAAACCAAGUCUUGUGUCAGAUACAGUCUUCCUUGUACAGGUAGCCCUCAACAACAGUUUGAUUUAGCGACCAAACACUGAAAAAAGUGACUUAUGACUGUUUUGCACAUCAGUGGCCGUUGCAGCGUCCACCUUGUCACGUGAUCGAAAUUCGG